CGUAGGCUACGUCAUGACGUCAACAUCGUUGCGGAAGUUAACACGUGGGUCAGUAAGUUUGGAGGCCAGGAAUAACACCAAGAACAAGCGGUGACCUUGGUAAUAUUCUUAGCCAUGGCUGUGAGAGCGGCGUUUGAGAAAAACAACGAGAUCGGCUGUUUCGCCAAACUGUCCAACACUUACUGCCUGGUGGCCGUCGGCGGAUCCGAGAACUUCUACAGUGUGUUUGAGGGUGAACUGUCAGAAACCAUCCCCGUGGUUCACGCUUCUAUAGCGAGCUGUCGCAUCAUCGGAAGAAUGUGUGUGGGUAACCGUCACGGCCUCCUGCUGCCAAGCAGCACGACAGACCAGGAGCUGCAGCAUAUCAGAAACUGCCUGCCAGAUGCCGUGAGGAUCCAGAGAGUUGAGGAGAGGCUCUCUGCUCUUGGAAACGUCAUCGCCUGCAACGACUAUGUCGCACUGGUCCACCCUGACCUGGACAGGGAAACAGAAGAAAUCCUCGCAGACACUCUGAAGGUGGAGGUUUUCCGUCAGACGGUAGCAGGUCAGGUUCUGGUCGGCUCCUACUGUGCUUUCAGCAACCAGGGAGGUCUGGUCCACCCCAAAACCUCAAUAGAAGACCAGGACGAACUGUCGGCUCUGCUGCAAGUUCCUCUUGUGGCUGGGACUGUGAACCGGGGCAGCGAGGUCAUCGCGGCGGGGAUGGUGGUGAAUGACUGGUGUGCGUUCUGCGGCCUGGACACCACCAGCACGGAGCUGUCCGUCAUUGAGAGCGUCUUCAGGCUGAGCGACAUGGCGCAGCCUUCCGCCAUUGCCACCAGCAUGAGGGACUCGCUGAUUGACAGUUUGGCGUAAGUCUUCUCUGUGCUGAGGGGUUCUGCAGCGGUUCUCCUUGUCUCACCCAUAACCUCCCCACGCCUCCUUCCACACUUCCACUGAGGAGUCACAGGUGCCACCCUCAACCCACAGACCGCCGUCUGUGGCAGUGAGUGGGUCUGAGCGGGUCGGCUGGAGAUGAUCCAGAACUGACAUACACAGAGGUUUGCUGCAGACCUUCAUGAACUGAUGCACAAAAUUAAGAAGGCAUUUUUUAGUCAUUAGGGAAUAAUAAUAAAAAAGAGCAGUACUGUGAAAGUUUGGCUGCAAAAUUAGUGUCAAAAUUCAGGAUGAAAUGCUCAACUUUGAAGAGCACUGGCCUCAGGCUAGUUCCAGAGAUCUGGAGUUCUCACUUCUCCAAAACACCAUCAGCUGAUUGCCCCUCCCCCUUUGUGUUCAUCAGUGGAAUCACCUGCAGCGUCACUGGAACCAGUUUUAAGUCUGCAGUUUUACACGUUGGCCUUCAACAGACUAGUUACAGUAAAGGCUCAAAAUAAAUGAUCUGUACAACAAAAAAAAAAACCUAAAGUUUACAGACAUGAUGUCAGCUUCUCUCAGCACCAACGGUUUGUCAAAAUUCACAUCUUUUUUUUUUUCCACUGUGAAGGAAAACUUUUGCUCCGAUCAUAACUUGUAGAAAAUAAGGUGCACAGAAAAAAGUGAUAUCCCGUUUGUGCUGAGAUUUACUUCCAGAAAGGUUUUGUGUGUGUGUGUGUGUUUUGUCAGAGAAUGAUUCUGCUCUUCUUCUAGCCUUGAAACGGGGUUCUGGUGUGAAAACGUCUGUUAAAUGUCAGACUCUGUAACGAGGGGUUAAUGAGUGGGCGUGACACUGCCUCAGACCAUGUCAGAAUGUUUCUGAAUAAACUGCGAUUAUGUGAAUGUGCUGACGUGGUGUGCAAAAAAAAAAAAAAAAAAAAGGUUUAACUUGUCACUGA